CUUCGGCAACCAACUUCGGCAAAAGAAAAGUCGGAUUGCACUAACGGCAUCGGGACUAGCGGAGUCAAGGAAUUUGUAGGAGCUCAUGGUUGAAAAAUGUCUUGAAUUCCAUCCUGCAGGGCUGUAAUUGUUGUUCAGCUGUAGUUGUGCAAGGGCUUUAUAUUUACACCUAACGUUAUGCUCGGACCGUGCAGUGGAACUGAUAACGACUGGUUACGUUAGUCGUUAGUGUGCAGGCCAACUCCUGCUAGUCGCGUUGAACAUGCUCUUCUCUUUGGCAUGCUGCACAACUCCCCGUAGAUUGAUGAUGGCCGGCGGAGCGAAGUCUUGCAUGGGGCUCUCCCUCUCUUUGGCGAUAGUCCUGUGUGUUGCCAGUUCUUGUUUGUAUUUGCGCCACUACGUGUUUGGCGGGUACGUGACCCUUCCUCCUAACGUCAUCAUGUCCAGAGAGAAGAGAUUAUCGCCUGAGAUAACGCUGCCCGGUUUGGACGAGUCUCGCUUGGCAGAUGACGUGAUGGCGAAGUGCUCCGUGAAAGUGACGUAUCCAGAGAAGUUGACGUUGAAAGAGAAGCGCGUCCUCUUCAGAAAUAUGAUGUAUGAUGACAAGUACCGCGUAGUGUUCUGCUACUUGUCCAAGGUCGGAUGCUCAAACUGGAAAAGAGUAUUUGCUGUCAUGAAAUCCCACAAUACGUCACUGUUCAAACUGCAGCAUCACGAUUUACACAAUCGUAGUGCUCACCACUACAAUGUCCUAGCGGAUUUGAAUGGGCCUGAGGCCCUGAGGAGACUGCAGACGUACAGGAAAGUCAUGUUUGUGCGGAAUCCGGUCACUCGUCUCUUGGCUGUUUACAGAGAUCUUGUUGCAACGAGAUCGAAGAGUACUACAUCGGCUGUGAGCAAGUUCAUGCAUGAGUAUUUCUUUUCGACGAGAUUAGUCAGCUUGAUUGGACACAAGCUUAAACCGUCGGACGUCAACAUUACUCUGACAUCAUUUGUGAAGCUAGUGCUCGAGGAAGAAGACCCGUCUGACAUGGAUGAGCAUUGGCGACCAUACAUAACCAGCUGUUUGCCUUGUACAGUCAAUUAUACAUACAUCGGCAGGCACGAGCAACUACCGACAAGUGCGAAUGACAUUCUUCAAGCACUUGGAGUUACUGAUGUUCAGUUCCCGAACUCAGAACCAGAUUAUAAAGAUGAGCCGGUGCGGAUCCAAUCAUCGGCAGAACAGUACAAGAAAGUAUCACAGACACUGGUGAAGAAGCUAUGGCGAAGGUACUCCGACGAUAUGAAGCUGUUUGGCUAUAGCGAACCGGUGUCACUCGGCUCAGAGGAUGGCUCGCCGGUUAUAGAGCCAGAUACUUUGGAAGAAUAUCUUCGGGGAUAGGUAGCUGUCAGUAGUUAUGUACUACAUAUUGUGUUGUGUUUUUCUCGUAAAGUUACAUGUAUACGAGUCUUAAUCUAAUAUUCAAAAACUGUAAGAACCUGGCAAAGCAAGCUUUAACAGUAUGCAGAGCAUCUGCACAUUAACGGCUAUUGGGUACGCGUCACACCCGCAGCAACGUUCUUGGCGUGCAACCAGCGUGUCGUACUGCAAGGUGGAGGGUGCACCUGGUUCGGCUGCGAUCUGAGUACGCCUUACAAAAUGAGUGCCUGCAAAAACAUGUAAAGAGGCCCACAUGACGUCAUAGAACGCCCCUCCAAAAAAAUAUCAUAUUUUCAAAAUGGAAUAUCUGUAGAACUGUUCUUCGGAGAGACGUGGUGCUGGGACCAUUCGACUAAGAGCCCUGGACUCUAAAACCCUGAAAACCUCUCUUUCACAGGACUUUCCCUUCAAUUUCCACUCUGGU